AUGGACGGCUCGCCCGCCUUCCAAAGUCCUAUCAGCGGUGUUGGGAGUGCGCCUGCUUCGACCCGCAACAGCCCGAUCCGUGUGAUGUGGAAUCCCGAUGUAGAUUACAUCGAGCGAUCACCAAGAGCCGGAGGCGCGGCACGAGCCGUGGCUCCUUCAGGCGGUUUUGAUUCAAACGCGGCUAGACAGGCUACGCGCCCACCUCCGGGAGUUCAGACGUCAACGACCACGACUAGCA